UUUUGGACUGCAUUCUGAUUCACCAUUUGAAUCAUGCACUGCUUCAUUUAGGAAUGAAACUUCGGAUUUGCUGUAUUGCUCUUGUAUAUAGAAAAUGCUUGAAAAUAUCUAAGGCGUCUCUAGAAAACAAUGAGGCAUCAGGAGGUCAGAUCACAAAUUUUUUAAGUAACGACGUCUCUAUCUUUAAUGAGAUUUACCUUUUCAAUUUAUUGUGGAUUGGACCUAUUCAAGCAGUUAUUAUUACCUUGGUACUUUAUCAACAGAUGAACGUCUCUAGUUUUGUAGGCACUUCUAUUAUUUUCUUGAUCUUCCCUUUUCAAGUAUACUGUGGAAAGUGGGUAAAAAAUUUGACACAAAAAGUGUCCUUGAGAACAGAUAAGAGACUUUCACUAAUGAAUGAAAUAGUCGCUGGCGUACAAGUAAUUAAAAUGUAUGCUUGGGAAAAGCCCUUUUCUCAAUUAGUUAGGAAAGCUCGAACGAAAGAAGUGAGAGUAAAUAGGAAAAUACGCUAUAUAAGCUCCCUUGCAUACUCUCUUACAUCUUAUGUUCCUCAGCUUUGCAUUUUUUGUUUCGUAUUGUUUUACGUUCUGUCUGGAAAUAACAUUUCAGCAGAAAAAUUCUACAUGGUUACGGCUUUUUAUAACGAAUUGAGAAAUACUGCAACUCUUGCCUUCACUUACAGUGCCCAGUGUUUGGCAAGGUUAUUAGUGGUUAUCAAUCGCCUUGACAAUUUUCUAAUGCUUGAAGAGACAAAGGACUUGAGAUCACAGAAUGUUAAUGAACAAAACCUCAGCUGUGAGAGUGUAAUACGAAUAGUUCGAGCUUCGGCAAAAUGGUCACCCCAUGAUGAGAAAUAUACAUUACAUAACAUAAACCUUAAAAUUGAACGUGGUUCCCUUUCUGCAAUCAUUGGGCAAAUUGGGUCUGGUAAAAGUAGCUUCCUUCAUGUUAUACUCAAAGAACUACCACUCACAACGGGAACUAUUGACGUGUCAGGAACAAUUGGAUACGUCAGUCAACAACCUUGGGUGUUUGCUUCAUCUGUGAGGCAAAAUAUUCUCUUUGGUCUUCCGAUGGAUGACAAACGGUAUGCAGAAGUUGUCGAGGUUUGCCAAUUGAAAGAAGAUUUCGCUAUGCUCCCAUUCGGAGAUAAAACUCUUAUUGGUGAAAAAGGGAUAACACUCAGUGGAGGUCAAAAAGCAAGGAUUAAUCUGGCAAGGGCAGUAUACCUUGAUGCUGACAUAUAUCUACUGGAUGAUCCACUGUCAGCUGUUGACACUCAUGUGGGCAGAAAAAUAUUCGAAGAUUGUAUCUGCGGAUACUUAAAAGGAAAGACGAGAAUACUAGUAACUCAUCAGCUGCAGUAUCUGAAAACUGUAGAUCGGAUAUUGGUUUUAAAUAGAGGAUUAGUCAAGAUGAAAGAAACCUGUAACGAAAUUAACCUACAUGAUUCGGAAUUAGAGUUUAUUAAUACACGAACAGUUACAGACGAUAAUGUUGAUGAUGGUAAGGGAAAAUCAGAGUACAUCUUUAAAAAAGAGCAGUUGCCCUGUAUUGGAAGAAACUCUGACAAUGCGGAUCCAAAAGAGAUUCCUGAACAUCGAUCGGUUGGGAAUAUUUCCAAACGGAUUUAUUUGAGAUAUUUUAAAGCAGCUGAAAGUGUACCCAUUUUACUUUUAGUAAUGGUCUUAGGUAUCACUUAUCAAGUUGUUGCCACAUGGGGAGAUUUUUUUCUGGCAGGCUGGGUAAACAGAGUAGAUGAACGAACGAACAGAACUAUAGCAGAUGAUAUUGAUAACAUGUGGUACAUUCAAACGUAUAGUUCAUUCACCCUGUUGACUAUAAUUCUUGGAAAUGCUUUUUUUCUGAUACUUUGUGAGAUAUCUAUAAGAUCAUCCCAGAAUCUACACUCUCGAAUGUUUUACAGUAUUAUGCGCACUACGAUGUCGUUCUUUCAUGAAAACACCUCUGGAAGGAUCUUGAACCGGUUUUCAAAAGAUAUCGGAAUUACUGACAAGGAAUUAUCAUUUGUACUGCUAGAUGUUGCACAGAACAUUUUACUGUCGUUCGCAGCAGUUCUCAUCAACUGUUUUGUAAAUCCAUGGCUUGUAAUUCCUACUAUCGGCAUUGGUUCAGUGUUUUAUAUUUUGCACUUUAUCUACGUCAGAACUUUGCGCAGUUUAACACGAUUGGAAGCUAUAAAUCGAUCGCCAGUUUUUAAUCAUGUUAAUGCUACUCUUCAAGGCAUUACAACGAUCAGAGCAUUCAAAGCUGAGCAAAUUUUGACUGAAGAGUUCGAUAACUAUCAAGAUCUUCAUUCAUCCGCUUGGUACUUGUUUUUUUCUAGUUCAAGGGCAUUUGGCUACUACAUACAAUUCGUAUGUUCCCUUUAUGUAUCGCUUGUAAUGUAUUUAUUUGUCUCAGUAAAUUUCAACAUAUCAGCCAGUUAUGCAGGUUUAGUCAUCUCGCAAUGCAUAUUACUAGCUGACAGAUUGCAAUGGGGUAUCAGACAAUUUACAGAGAUGCAAGGCUACAUGACAUCUGUUGAAAGAAUUAUUGAAUACUCUGAUCUGGAUGAAGAAUCUCCUUUAGAAACCAGGCCAGAAAAUAAACCACGACCUGAGUGGCCUUUAGAGGGUUGCGUCGAAUUUAAAGAUGUUUGUUUAAGCUACAGUGCCACAGGACCUAUGGUGCUUGAGAAUCUAAACUUUGUGAUAAACUCGAAGGAAAAAGUAGGUAUCGUUGGUAGAACAGGAGCAGGAAAAAGUUCUAUAAUCGCUGCUCUUUUUCGACUAGCGUACUUGAAAGGUGAGAUUUACAUAGAUGGUCUGGCAACUGAUAAACUGGGCUUGCACGAUGUACGAACCUGUAUCAGUAUUAUUCCGCAAGAGCCUCUACUUUUUGCUGGCACUAUAAGACUAAACUUGGAUCCUUUUGGGAAUUACUCAGACGAUGAGCUGUGGCAAGCCUUGGCAGAGGUGGAACUGAAGAAUUUUAUUAUGGGUUUUGAUGCUCAACUACAAGCUAAAGUAUCUGACGGUGGUUUCAAUUUCAGUGUUGGUCAACGUCAACUUCUUUGUUUAGCACGUGCCAUCGUUAGAAAUAAAAAAAUUUUAGUUCUUGAUGAAGCUACAGCAAAUGUUGACCUUAAAACAGAUGACCUUAUUCAGAAGACUAUCAGAACAAAAUUUAAGGACUGCACGGUUUUUAUUAUUGCUCAUAGAUUGAACACGGUGAUGGAUUGUGAUAAAUUCAUUGUGAUGGAUUCCGGUUCCAUGGUGGAAUUUGGUCAUCCUUAUGAUCUCUUAAGAAACAAAGGACACUUAUACAACAUGGUACAACAGACUGGAACAGAAAUGGCAAAUGUUCUCGAGAAGAUGUCGGAAAACGGUUAUGGCAGUGAUAUAAAGCAAAUUAAGAAGCGUAGUUAGAUAAGGGAACAUUUUGAAAAUUGCUCACAUUAAGCAGCAUUAAGCAUACUCUAUUGAGUAGUCAUCGCACGAUAAUAAAUAUGUUUUAUCCCAUAGGUAUAUUUUCCAAUGAUUUUUUACCUAUUUCCUAAUUACAAUAAUUAUAAUGUAGCAGAAAUAGGUGUUUUUUGUCCUCAA